AUGAAAAGACAUGCUCAAAUAAUUGCUUUGAAUCAUCAUCGUUGCUCGGAUGCCUCUCACCAUACUUAUUGUCAUGGCAUCAACACGGGAAAACCAACAUGUAGACUUUAUGGCAAUUCAUCAUCACAUUCAGAUCAUCAUCAUGACCACCUCAUCCAAAAUAAUCAAAUUGGGAAUGGUUUGUUGGAAACAAAAAAUAUACAUCGGAAACGAUCCUAUCAUAUCAGUUUAACCAAUAUUACACGAAGACCAGCGUCCUCCUCAAGGCAAUCCACAAUGGAUGAAGGAUUAUCAACAUUUUCAUUCAAUGCCAAAACUUUUUCCGAAGGUUUAAGAAGAUACUUUGAACAGCCUUCUUCCAAUCCCAUUGAAGAAGAGCAAAUUGAGAAAAUAUCAGCCAUUCCAAGCGCUGCUGAGAAUCUAGUCAUGCAAUUAAACAUGUCUGAUGUGAUGAAAUAUCAACCUCAUCCGUUUUUCCUCACCAAAUUAAGAUCAUAUAUUGAAGAUGGAUUGGAGAAGGUGAACAAACAGCCAUCCGUUGGAGCCAAGAAUGCAGAUGCUUUUGCAUUCUUUGUAACGGGAGGAAAAGGCACUGGUCGAACAAGAAAUACCAUCGAAGCUGUGGAAAUGUGCGCACAAGAAUAUAGACACCAAUUUAAGAAAAUCAUGUACUUGUAUUUACCGUUUUUGAAUAUGUGUCCUUUAGAGGAGGAAGAGGAGAUGUUUGGGGCACAAGAGCUCUUAAAUUAUGAUCAAUCAAAAAAGUUGAUUACAGCCAGAAUGCUUUAUUCAUAUUUUACACAAGUGAUUGAAAAGCCUUUGGUUAUGCCAUAUCGACAUUUUCUGGAUCAUUGCUUUCACUUUAUUCCUGAAGAUAUUAGCUUGGCUACCGAAAUUAUUAGAUACGACUCUCGCUUGAAUAGUGACGAAGAAUUAUAUCUUUUCAUGAUUCUGGAUGAUUGUGACGAGUUGUUGCGAUACACCAUGCAGAAUUACACUCUAAAACCAUUUAGCUUUUUACUUCGAGUAUUUAACGAUCUACCUGCAAUAUUUAAGGACAGAACCAAUACAAUCUAUGCACCUAUCAUGAUUGGUACAAAUAUUGAAGGAAUGGUUAAUGAGUGGGUUCAUAAGCUAGGUCCCACUCGAUCCACCUAUGCAGGUAGUUCAUACCAAAAAAACGAAACUUUUACCACGUCACAAUUUCCGCUUCUCUCGAAAGAACAAGUAGAACAAAUAAUGGACAAUAUGUUUGAAAAGAAGGGCCACAUUGUCAUUGAAGAUGAAAAUGGAAAUGGCCAUUUUAUUGACAAGGCCAAUUGGAGAAGUUCUAAAUCUUUAACAACAGCACUAAGCAUGAUUGGGGGCCAUCCACUGGCUCUAGAAUAUUUCUUAUUGUUCAUUGCGUCUGUACAUUAUUUGCAUAAGGAUUUUUGCAAUUUUCAAUAUGCUAUUGAAAGAACAAAAUAUGAGCUCAAGGCAAAUCAGUACAAUUUUACAGAAUUGGCUAGGAAAAAUACAGACAACCAAAUUGAAAAAAUUAUUGUGAGCACCAUUUCGGGUCGAGAAAUUCUCGAAGUGACAGGAAUGAAAACCUACGAAUUUUCACACUUUUCCACCUAUUUCAAUUCGGGAAUUGUUUUCCCCAUGAUUAAGAAGGAGGAUGAAACCAUAUUUUUCAACAAUUUUCACAAUCUGGAACGAGCGGUGCGUGUGCCAUUCAUUUUCUUAGAUGAGCUGAUCGAGCAAAUUCCUGAAGAGACCAAAAACAAACAAGUAUUUAGGUCGUUGUGUGUCUCGUUGAAAGAGCUGUUUGAUUUGAAUCUAUUAGACAAGAAUGGAAAGAUUGAGACAGUAGAGAAACAAAAGAGAGAGGCUUGGAAAGUUCUUGCAAAAGCCAUUGAGAGCUUGAAAAUUUCAGAGAUUGAUUCGCCUUAUAUUCGUGAUUUACUUUCGUGGCAAACCGAAAGAUAG